UGGUAGCGGUGUCGUAUGCUAUCUACGCACUGAAUACUAGUGUCGUAUGCUAUCUACAGAUACCUUAUCGGGUAGGGGUGUCGUAUGCUAUCUACAAAUAUUUAUCUACACUCUAUAAAGUACAAAGUUAAAUCCCACGGGUUUUUAACGAUUAGUUGUGUCUGUGAAUUAUUCGCGUGUGUUUGUCAUUUGUAUUGCGUUCAAAAUGUCUUCAAUUGGUGAUUUAUAUAGACAUAUUAUUUAUACCGAUGAUACUUGUGUGAAUUUUUUAAAACAAAAAGGUGUCUUACCUAAACAAGAAUUUUGUGAAAAAAUGAAUAAUGUUAGCAAUAAAGUGUGUGGUGGCGUUCUCAAGGAAUGUUAUAAAAAUAGCCGCAAACGAGAUUCCGAUGGGCAAUUUGUGAAAACAAAAUACUUACGUUGCCAAACACGUGGUUGUCAAACCUAUCAGUCCAUUCGUAAAAAAAAUCCGUUUUUUACCUAUGUCGAUAUUAAUGGAAAAUGUAAUAGCGGAUUAAGUUUAUGCCAGAUAGUAGAGCUCGUAUGGUAUUGGGCACAUGGUAUGCAAGUAAUUCAAACUAUGAAAUUUACAGGCAGAAGUCAACACACUGUGUCGGAUUGGUACAAUCUUUGCCGUGAUAUUUGUGUUGACCAAUUUGAAAAACGUACGAAAAUGGGUGGUGUAGGAUUCGUAGUGCAAAUAGACGAAUCUUUAUUUCAAGGCAAGCGGAAGUAUAACCGUGGUCGCCUACGUCUAGGAGAUCGUCGACCUAGAGAAGAAAUUGUAGAAUCAGGAUCUAGCAGUUCUGAUACUGAUACUGAAAUAACUAAUCGGAAUUACGGUGUACGCGUACAGGGGCCGUGGGUGUUUGGAAUGUGUUGUAGACGUGAUAAUAUAGUAGAACGUCGAUUGUUUAUCGUUCAAAAAAGAGACCGCGCCACUUUGCUUCCAAUUAUUAAAAGAGAAAUUGAGCCAGGGACGACCAUUUUUUCAGAUGAAUGGAAAGCUUACAGUUGUUUAAACGAUCAUGGCUAUAUCCACAAUACCGUAAAUCAUAAAAUUAAUUUCCUUGAUCCACAAACAGGAGCUGAAACUCAAACUAUGGAAUGUUAUUGGCGACAUAUAAAGGUGAAAUAUGGUAUAAAAUCGCAUGGUGCCACUAAUUUGCUGGAAAGGCAGCUUAAAGAAGAAUGGUGGCGCUCCAUAAACACAACAAAUACGUUCGAAACAUUUUUUAUUGAUAUGAAAAAUACUUUUCAACUUUAAUUAAGAACAUUCAUUGACAAUCUUCAUUUAUUUAUGAAGUGCUCCGGUUUAAAACGAAGUAGAUAGCAUACGACAUAAUUUAUACGUAAAUAGCAAUGUGUAGAUAACAUUCAGUGCGUAGAUAGCAUACGACACCGCUACCAA